GGUGGGUUAAAUCCCCGCCCGCUUCAUUCCUGCGUUGUUUGGGGACAGUAGGAAGAUGGCGGCGGCCCCGCUGUACUGUGUCUGCCGGCAGCCCUACGAUGUGAGCCGGUUUAUGAUCGAGUGCGACAUCUGUAAAGACUGGUUUCACGGCAGCUGUGUACAGGUAGAAGAGCACCAUGCUGUGGAUAUUGAUGUUUACCACUGUCCCAACUGUGAUGUCGUACAUGGACCCUCCCUGAUGAAAAAGCGCAACAACUGGCACAGGCAUGACUACACAGAGCCAGACGAUGGGUCGAAGCCGGUGCAGGCUGGCACCUCAGUGUUUAUUAAGGAGCUCCAGAACAGGACUUUCCCCAGUGCCGAGGAGAUUCUGAUACGGAUGAAGGGCGAGCAGGUGACUACCAGGUACUUGGAGAGGCAUGGCUUCAACUACCCCAUAGCUAUCACCGAGAUGGAGGGCCUGGGCCUGAAACUACCCCCCUCUACCUUCUCCGUCAAAGAUGUGGAGCAGUAUGUGGGUGGUGACAAAGUGAUCGACGUGAUAGAUGUGGCACGGCAGGCAGACAGCAAGAUGAAGCUCAGCGAGUUUAUCAAGUAUUUCACCAAACCCCAUCGACCCAAAGUCCUCAACCUCAUCAGCCUGGAGUUCUCUGACACAAAGAUGGCAAAGCUGGUGGAGGUUCCUGAUGUGGCUCAGAAGUUGUCCUGGGUUGAGAACUACUGGCCAGAUGACUCCUUCUUCCCUAAGCCAUUUGUCCAGAAGUACUGCCUAAUGGGGGUCAAAGACAGCUACACAGAUUUCCACAUAGACUUUGGAGGAACCUCUGUCUGGUAUCAUGUUCUUUGGGGUGAGAAAGUCUUCUACUUGAUCAAGCCUAACCCCACCAACCUUGCACUAUAUGAGGCAUGGAGCUCCUCGCCCAAUCAGAGUGAAGUGUUCUUUGGGGACAAAGUGGACAAGUGUUACAAGUGUGUUGUACCCCAAGGAACCACGCUGCUCAUCCCUACAGGCUGGAUCCAUGCUGUUCUCACCUCUCAGGAUUGCAUGGCAUUUGGAGGGAACUUCCUUCACAACCUCAAUAUUGGCAUGCAGCUCAGGUGUUAUGAGAUGGAGCGUCGUCUGAAAACCCCAGACCUCUUUAAGUUUCCCUAUUUUGAGGCCAUCUGUUGGUAUGUGGCAAAGAACCUCCUGGAAAUGCUAAAAGAGCUACGAGAGGACAACUGUCCCCCACCAACCCACCUAGUGGAUGGAGUCAAGGCUUUAAUCAGUGCACUGAAGACUUGGUUGAAAAGAGAGGUGAAUGAACCCACCAGCGAGGUACCAGAUAAUAUCAGGCCGAACCAUCUCAUUAAAGAGCUGACCAAGGAAAUCCGCUACCUAGAGGAGGAACCGGUGGGUGGUAGCAGGCCAGUGAAAUCUCAGGGAUGUGGAGCACCUUCGGGAUCGAACGGCUGCCUGUCCACUCGAUCCACGCUGGAGAGGCUGUGCCAGGCGCGGCGAGCCCGAAGGGCAGCGAGGCGGCUGAGGGAGCAGCAGCAGCAGCAGCAGCAACAGCAGCAUGCCCCCAAGAUACCCUCUAACCUGGACAUCUUAGAGCAGCAUACCAGGGAGGUGCUGAAGAGGCUGGAGGUGGGGCCGCUAGAGGAGGAUCCUGCGUUUGGUGCCAAGGUUCAUGCGAAGUUCAACAAAGUGUCAACUGCAUCGGCAGCGGCUGCUGCAGAGUCUUUAGAGGACAACCACAUACGGCUGAUGCUGGUCAACGGAAGAAUCAUCAGAGAUUUGAGACGGCCGGGAAGCAGCAGCCCGGUAAAGUCGGAAGGUGAGGGGCCAUCUGUCGGCCCACCAAAGAGUUGUGUGGACGUGAAGUUGGAGAGGACACAUGACAGUCAGGAGCACAGCACAGCUGAGAAAUCUGAAUUCCUCAGAGGUCUGGAGAGGAUGAAGACUGAACUCAGGGAAGAAGUCUCAGGACACUCCAGUGUGUCAGACGUUGAGUCAGACAGCGACUUUCCCACAGAGCGAAAAGCAUCAUCGUCGUCAUCCUCUUCUGAUGAGGAUUCAGAGAGCUCCCAGGAGGAAGAGGAAGAGGAGGAGGAGGAGCAGACAGGCUCAGGGCACAUAAAGCUGGACCAGUCUGGCCAAAAACUCAGGCACAAACACAAACCACUCAAACGAGAACGUCCUACCUCACCCAGCACAGCAGAGGCCAUUCAGGGGAUGCUGUCUAUGGCUGGUCUGUUAUGCUCCUCCAAGUCGGAGAAGGCAGGCUCGCUCCAGGAGUCCUGGUGGCCCAGCCCACGGGAACAGGUGCAGCACCAGCGCCGACUGCAGGGGGACAAGAGCCCGAUAGACAGCCAGGGCAACAGCAGCAGCGAGGCCUGGGACAAUCAAGGGCUCCCCAGCCCAGAGAUGGACUACCAAUACUGUGACCCCUCAAUGUCUCCACCUCUACACCCCUCCAAGAGGCACGCCCCAAACCCUCCACCAGUCAGCAAUCAGGCCACAAAAGGCAAACGGCCCAAAAAAGGAAUGGCCACAGCCAAGCAGAGACUGGGGAAGAUCCUAAAGCUCAACAGACACAACCGCGUCUUCGUGUAAGUCUCCCAGAUAUCGAAGGGCGAGGAGCCGGGGUGAAGAAGAAGAAACUUUUUUGUGUAUUUUUUACCAGACACUUAUUAUUAUAUGUGGGGAGGGCGGGGGGGGAAACAAAAAUAAAUGAACACACACUCUGCCUGGAGAUGAAACGAAUCUUGACGCGUAAAACACGCUCACUGUGCAUGCUUAGGAGACAGGGUAUCGGAUUUGAAAUAAGCAAGUGCACGACUUCACUACAAGCACACUAAGAACAAAAGAUGAAAGGAGCAUGUUGCUGCAGGGAACAGUGGACUCAAAGCUCCUGCGGGCAUUUAGAUGGGCAAAAAAGGAGACGUCGGUGGGUGGGGUCCUACCAAACAGACGAGGGGGAGGCGGUGGGACAUCCACUGCUUCUGAUGCCAAGAUCGCCUGCAUCACAUUUGCUAGUAUUUCCUCCCUCUGAUGAUCACCCCUCCACUCCCCCCUCCCCCUUUUUCUUUGUGUUUUUUUUUUUUUUUUUUUUUUUGGUGACAAACUGAACAGGACAAAGGGUCUAUUUCCCGUGGCCCUGGACGGGUGGAGGAGGAACGCGGUGCUAAAAGAGGAGGCGGUGAAACUUAAAUUUCAAAAUGGUGCUUAUUGUUUGUACGUCUCUCCACUCUCAUGCUUGUGCCCCCCCCCUCCCCUUUAUCUCAAUCACACCAGCAAUAAUGACUUUUUGAAGAGAGAGGAAAGGGCGAGAGGCAGCACUUCAGUGCAUUUCUUCUGCUUGCAAAAUCAUUUUGAUAGGUGCAAAACCUGCUCUGACCUGCACUAUAGUAUUGGAUAUAUAUAGUGUAGAUAUAAAGUGUUGCUCAAAGUGCUGCCUCUCUGUGAAUUUGUUUUCCAUAGGAAUUUACGAGUCGUCACCUCUGAUACGACUCCUGCUUAAUUUAUUUCUCGUUUUAUCUGAUUUUUUUUUUUUUAUUGUUAUUUUUAUGGAUUCUGAAUGAUGUAUUUAUUAAUUGAAAAGAGGUAAUGAUUUUAUUAUAUUUCGACCCUAAAAACCUCAGCGAUUCUGAGGGCUUUUUUUUUUUUAUUCAUAGGGAGAGAUUUCUCUUUUUUACCUUUUAACAUAUACUUUUUGUAAAUGUGGAUGUUUUUAGAGUUCAUGUGAUCAUCUGUUGAGUAGCUACACAUCUUUUAUUACCUUCUGCUGUCACAAAUCUUUUCCCUUCCCAGCUGAGUAGAGCCUGUGUCGAUUCUCGUCCUUUGUUCCUGUAGCCAGAGGUUUUUUUGGGCUAUGUGCAGAUAGUCUAGGUUAAGAAACUUCCAUAUCUACUCCUGAGCUUUCUCUACUAGUGCCACAUCAUUUAGCAAAAAAAAAA